AAGUGGAAGCAAACUUGUAAACAGCAGUAUCAAAGCAACAGCAUCCAUCUUUAACGCUUGAUAGAAGUCCGAAUUCACGCAGUCAACAUGGGGGCCGUUUUAGGGCUUUGCUCCAUGGCAAGCUGGAUCCCCUGCCUGUGUGGCAGUGCUCCCUGUCUGCUGUGCAGGUGCUGCCCCAGUGGGAACAACUCCACCGUCACCCGCCUCAUCUACGCCUUCUUCAUGCUGUUGGGGGUGGCCGUGGCCUGCAUCAUGCUCAUGCCCGGCAUGGAGGGGCAGCUGAAGAAGAUUCCGGGAUUUUGUGAAGGGGGAAUGGGCACCACCAUCCCAGGCGUGGAGGGUCACGUGAACUGCGACGUGCUGGUUGGCUACAAGGCAGUGUACCGGGUGUGCUUCGGCAUGGCCAUGUUCUUCCUGCUUUUCUCCCUCAUCACCAUUAAGGUCAGGAGCAGCCAGGAUCCCCGCGCUGCUCUACACAAUGGGUUUUGGUUCUUCAAGUUUGCCGCUGCCAUUGGCAUUACCGUCGGAGCAUUUUUCAUCCCUGAGGGUCCAUUUACUACUGUCUGGUUCUAUGUGGGGAUGGCCGGAGCCUUCUGUUUCAUCCUGAUCCAGCUGGUGUUGCUGAUCGACUUUGCCCACUCCUGGAACGAGUCCUGGGUGGAGAAGAUGGAGGAGGGGAACUCGCGCUGCUGGUAUGCAGCCCUUCUCUCUGCAACUGCGCUGAACUACGUCUUUUCACUGAUCUGCGUGGUCAUGUUCUAUGUGUACUACACCCACACUGAUGGAUGCGCUGAGAACAAAACCUUCAUCAGCAUCAACAUGCUGCUCUGUGUGGGAGCAUCUGUCCUGUCCAUCCUGCCCAAGAUUCAGGAGGCCCAGCCCAGGUCUGGUCUGCUGCAGUCCUCUCUCGUCACCCUCUACACCAUGUACCUGACCUGGUCUGCCAUGACCAAUGAGCCUGACAGGAAUUGCAACCCGAGCCUUCUAGGCAUCAUCGGCCUCAACAGUACCACCCCUGCUGGCCAGGACCAUCCAGUGGUCCAGUGGUGGGAUGCGCAGGGCAUUGUGGGAUUGAUCCUCUUCCUGAUGUGUGUCUUGUACUCCAGCAUUCGCAACUCCUCCAACACCCAAGUAAACAAGCUGACCCUGACCAGCGAUGAAUCAGCCCUGAUCGAGGAUGGGCCUUCGCACGCCGAGAGCUUUGAGGAGGGAGAUGGUAUGAACCGCGCCGUGGACAAUGAGAAGGACGGCAUCACCUACAGCUACUCCUUCUUCCACUUCAUGCUGUUCCUGGCCUCCCUCUACAUCAUGAUGACCCUCACCAACUGGUACAGCCCUGACGCCACCUACGCGACCAUGACCAGCAAGUGGCCAUCGGUGUGGGUGAAGAUCUCGUCCAGCUGGAUCUGCAUCGCCCUGUACGUGUGGACCCUAGCGGCUCCGCUGGUCCUCACCAACCGCGACUUUGACUGAUCAAAGCCCGCCCCAUCAACAUCCCAUGAGCCGCGUCAGUCAAGCUCACCCCGUCAUUAUUGUGAAUAAGCAGCUGCGUGUCCGUAGCCAAGCGGCACAACCCGUAACUUGUAAAUACUGUAUUGUGUAUGCGCAUUCCCAGCAGCUGUUUAACCCGUCACCCCAAACAUAGUCUCUUUCUAACAAGUGCAUGUGUUAUCAAGUGUAGCGGUGUUUUUUGUGUGUUUUUUUGAGUUUUUUUAAUCAAGAGAUAAGGUCAAAUAUGGAGUUAAGGGUUUUUGGAAAACAAGGUGUUGUUUGUGUGCAGACUAAGUAAGUUUGAUGGUUAUCUCCAGUAAAAGGCUUGGUAUGAAGCUAAAAAGGGUUUUGGGGAGACGGGAGGACAGUGUAUUUUAGUAUCUCAGGCAGAAAUGAUUAAGUUCUAGCUAAAACAAUUCUCUCUCAAAAUAAGGGAAUCAUUUAAUGGUAAGAAUGUCUGUUGGGUGAUUGAGUAUUUUUCUCCUUCUUAAACUACCUUUACAGUAUAAGUUAUAGAAAUGUGACUGCUCUUUGUAGAGUAUUUGGUUAAUAUUCGAUUUAUUUAUAAAGAGCAAUCUGUUGUAUUUCUUCGAAGUUAGCAUGAAUAACCUCUCUGACGUGGCAUUAGCAUGUAACAGCGACCACUGCGUAGAUGAGUAGACUCAGUCGAUUUGCGGUGCUUAUUUUAUCGCUUGCACCAAAAUCAAGAUGGGACAUUUUGGUAGGCGGUUCUGUGGACCGAGAUGUCACAGUGCUAACCAUUUUGCAACUUGCACAGGUUAUAUGUGUAUGUUACCAAUGACUUAUUUUAUUUUAAUAUUGAAAACAUUUUUUUUUUUGUUCUUAAAUGUUUUGCACUGGAACUGAAAUUCCUCCCUAACCUGUUGUGUUGGGCUACGUAGUAUUAGGAUGCUUCUCACCUAUCUGCUGCUGAGUGUGCCCUUGUGUUUUUGCAAGUGGGCGGACACAAGUGCUGCAGUCAGCUCAUCGUGACUACUCCUUCCUCUAGAAUCGUGUUGUAUUUGCCUUUUAAGUGCGUUGUAUUCUAUCUUCAAUAAACUGAAAAGACAAAA